CCGGUUUCUUGGAGAGCGGCAGCUGACCCGGGGAACGGGAGCGGGACAGAGGCUCCACCUGGGGCGGCAGCGAGGGAGGGUGGCAGCGGGACAGGCGGAGUAAAGGGAAACCAUGCAGAAAUCAGAGUACCCUGGAGGUGUGCAGCUGAGAAACAGAGCGACAGGCAUUUAUGAUCAAAGGACAUCCUUAAGCUCACAAAUAAAAUGCAAAACUACAGUUCAGCGGAGCAAAUCCUCCUCAUUAACCAGUUCUCCAGAGGCUACAAGGAGGGCUCAUCCUCGGCCAAGUGAUAAACUCAACCCUAAAACAAUUAAUCCUUUCGGUGAACAGUCUCGAGCCCCUUCUGCGUUCGCAGCUAUUUACUCUAAAGGCGGCGUUCCGUGCAGAUUGGUACAUGGCUCAGUAAAACACAGAUUACAGUGGGAAUGCCCUCCUGAAAUUCUUCCAUUUGACCCUCUUCUAAUUACAUUAGCGGAGGGCCUGAGGGAGACUAAGCAUCCUUAUACCUUUGUGUCAAAGGAGGGCUUUAGGGAGUUACUUCUGGUCAAGGGUGCUCCUGAGAAAGCUAUACCUUUGCUGCCUAGACUGAUCCCUGUGCUGAAGGCAGCUCUGGUUCAUUCUGACGAUGAAGUGUUUGAAAGAGGACUGAAUGCACUUGUGCAGCUGAGUGUGGUUGUUGGCCCAUCUCUGAAUGGCCAUCUGAAACUUCUGCUUACAAGUCUUUCCAAGAGGCUAAUGGACAAAAAAUUCAAAGAGCCCAUCACCAGUGCCUUGCAAAAGCUGGAGCAGCAUGGUGGGAGUGGAAGUCUUAUCAUCAUCAAAUCCAAAAUCCCAACAUAUUGCUCUGUCUGCUGUUGAAUAAGGGAACCAACAAAACCCAUGCUGCUUCCUCAGGCACUGACAGUGGCUGCCUGGACCUUGCCUCAAUUCACAUCACUGACUCAUAGUACCAUUCAUUCAUUAACUAGGUUACGAGGACCAUGUCAAGUCCAGGGGAAUCAUCGUCCAAGCUGUUUGUCAACAAAAAGCACAGGUGCUAUAAGGCAAUUAAAAUAGCUUGUAUAAAAGUUGA